AUUUCAACUUUAAAUCGCAAUGAAAAUGAGCCAAGUUAAAACUCAAAAUGAAUUUUAAAGCGUUAUAUUUUUUAAUAAUUAAUUUAAUUGAUUUCUCGACAAGUUCCGAUGAAUUAAGUCUCGGGAAAAGGCUUUUAAAAUUAAUCGACUGCAAUAAUCGGGUUUUGGUGAAAAGUAUCGGGAUGCGAGGGAAGUAUUUCGUUCUUUACAAUUACGUUUUACCAAGUUUAAGCUUUAAUUGUCGCGAAAGUGUCACUUACACCACUCACGGCGAUUUUAGUUUCUUGGAAAAUAUAGAAACUUUAGUUGAUCGUUGGGACGGGCCAAUUAGCUUGGCAGUUUACGCACCUGGAAGCGAUUUUGAGCUCUCUUUAAGAAGUAUUAAGUAUUUGAGGAAUUGUAGACACUCGAAAAUUAAAAAAUUUGUCACGUUCCACGUUUUUUUUGAUUGGGAGCAUUUCCCGGUUAAGGAGUCUAAACCCCCGAUUAUUAAUCGGUACAACGACGAAAUUAAUUGCAACCAAAAACCGCCUUACUCAAUAAAAGAAUCAUCAAGUUACAGAUUCUCAAAGAAUUUAACUUACCCCAUAAACACCGCGAGGAACAUCGCAAGACAAACAUCUCAAACCCAUUUCGUUUUAGCCAGCGACAUCGAGCUUUACCCCCCGAUUAAUUUUUCGGCAAAAUUUUUAAAUAUGAUCGCAAAUAAAAGCCACAUCAACCAAAUAAACGUUAAGAAACCCCACGUUUUUGUAACCCCCGUUUUUGAAUUGGCGAAACAUUCCAAAAUCCCCAACAAUAAAACCCAACUACAAACACUCCUAAAAGAAAAGUUAGCGCAACUAUUUCAUCACGACAUCUGUUCGAUUUGCCACCGAAUCCCAAAACUAAAUGAAUGGAUCGAAAGCAAAGAAGAAAUUGAUGAUGAAGCUUACGAUGUUUUCGCCGUUGGUGAGAGGACGAAAAAAUACUCUCAUUGGGAGCCUUUUUAUGUGGGAACGAGAAAUGAUCCACCUUUUGAUGAACGAUUAACGUGGGAGGGGCAAAGCAAUAAAAUCCCACAGGCUUAUUCGAUGUGCCUCUUGGAUUACCAAUACUUAGUUUUAAACAACGCCUUUUUAGUACAUCGUCCUGGAAUUAAAAAAAGCAAAGAUCAACUCACAAAAUUUUCGAAAUUAGUCGCAAAAACGAAUUAUUUGCUAAGAAACGUAAUUCAUCACGAAUUAAUGAGUUUGUAUGGUAAAAAGAAAGGUUGUAGGUUAUAUUAA